GCAAAGUAUGGGCGGCCACAUGGAAACGAACUGGAAAUCGCACUGUACAGUGAGACUGACAGAAGGCUGAAGCGAGCGAGCGAGCGAGCGAGAGAGCGGAGCGGCAAUGGAGGAUUGGUGGAAGAGAGCGAAGACCUUCGCCGAGGAGGCGGCCAAGAAGUCCCAGACCGUCGCCAAUUCCGCCAACCUCUCCGAUCUGAUCUCCGAGACCACCAAGAAGUCCAAGGAUCUCGCCCUCGAAGCCUCCAAGGCUGCCGACCAGCUGAAGCUCGCCGCCCUCAAGCAAGCCGAUCAGCUCAGGUCCAUCUCCGACUCCAUCGGCCCGCAGAUCGCUGGCUCCUUCACCAAUGCCGGCCCGGAGCUCGACGCCGAGGAGCUCGGGGUCACCGCUGAUCUGAGGGACUUCGUCAAGGGAUUCACCGCCACGACCUUCCAGAGCUUUCCUGUUCAAGAUGAUGAUCCGCAGGCGUCCGAUGAGUCUCCCCUGGCCUCGAACGUGAGGCAGGAUCUUAACGAGUGGCAAGCGAAGCACGCCACCCUCGUCCUUACCACUGUCAAGGAAAUCUCAAAACUGCGUUAUGAAUUGUGCCCCCGGGUCAUGAAAGAGAGGAGGUUUUGGGGGAUCUACUUCACCCUCGUCAACACUUAUGUAUCCCCGUAUGAGAAUAAGUAUAUGGAAAAGGCCAAGCUCAAAGCAGCAGAACAAGCUAAAGAAAACAAAUCGACACAAGCUGCAUCUGAAGAGAACCAGAAAUCUGAGUCGGGAAAGAGUAUUGAGAGCAAGGGCUCAACUUCAUCAUCAACUCAGCAGGACUUGGAUUCAUUUCUUCUGGGGGAUCUCGAGGACAGCGAUGGAGCUCAAGAUGAUGUUGAAGCAAGCUUCAGUGAUGACUUUGACAAGAUCGACAAUUUAGAUGAUGAGGAUGAAGAGGAUCAGCAGAAACUCACAUGAGAGGCAGCAGCUACAAACUUGCAUGAGUUUCGGGAAUUAAGAAGUGAAGCUUUCAUUUCCAAACUGCAGGGAAGUGAUGGAACGAAAGAGAGGUGCAGGUUGGCCCUCUACCAUUGUUCAAUACUGAACCUUUUGCUCAUCUAUAAGCCGUCUAUAUAAUUCGUAAAUCUGUGUAAUGCAUGCUAAUGCAUACUCCAAUAUAUAGGCCUCUUAUUCGUUCUACUUUGUAAAUUUGCAACAAUAUUUGCUAUGUACAGUGUUUCCAUCUGAAGCGGACUUUCGGAACAUGCUCGAGGUAAUGGAAUUCAAAUUGAUAUGGUGGAUAGGUUCUUGAU